AGGUCAGCUGCCUGGCGAGCAGGAGGACGACUAUAAUCUCAAGGACACCAAUCCCCAGCUGGGCGAACGAUGGCCUAAUGGUGGUGCUUUUGGAGGACGAGGGUGGAUGACUGGCGGCGAGAGAUACACAACCACUUACGACCUCGUCGAGCAAAUGUUCUAUCUUUACGUUCGGGUCGUGAAAGCUAAAGAUCUUCCUCCCAGUUCCCUAACCGGAAGCUGCGAUCCGUACGUGGAAGUGAAGCUGGGGAAUUACAAGGGAAGAACGAGGCACUUUGAGAGGAAAACAAAUCCAGAAUGGAACCAGGUGUUUGCUUUCUCAAAGGACCGUGUUCAGUCCUCGUCGCUAGAAGUUUUAGUGAAAGACAAAGAAAUGGCGGGACGAGACGAUUAUCUUGGAAGGGUGGUUUUCGAUUUGAACGAGGUUCCAACGAGAGUCCCACCCGACAGUCCAUUGGCUCCUCAAUGGUACAGAUUAGAGGACCGACGUGGAGAAGGGAAGGUCAGGGGAGAGGUGAUGGUUGCAGUUUGGAUGGGAACGCAAGCUGAUGAAGCGUUUCCCGAUGCAUGGCACUCGGAUGCCGCCACAGUCCAUGGAGAGGGCGUUUUCAACAUCCGAUCCAAGGUUUAUGUGUCGCCCAAGCUUUGGUACCUAAGGGUGAAUGUGAUUGAAGCUCAAGAUGUAGUGGCCAGUGAUCGAAAUCGCCUCCCCGAGGUUUUCGUGAAAGCACAGAUAGGAAAUCAAGUGCUGAGGACCAAGAUAUGCCCCAGUCGUACUCCCAACCCGCUGUGGAAUGAAGAUUUAGUGUUUGUAACGGCUGAGCCUUUUGAGGAACACCUUUCGAUCACUGUCGAGGAUCAAGUGCACCCAUCGAAGGAGGAUGUGCUGGGGAAGAUAAACCUUCCUCUUAGCGCGUUCGAGAAGCGGCUCGACCAUCGUCCUGUGCAAUCUCGGUGGUUCAAUCUCGAGAAGUACGGUUUUGGUUCCAUGGAAGGUGAUAGGAGGAAAGAGCUUAAAUUUUCUAGUAGGAUUCAUCUGAGAGUUUGUCUUGAAGGUGGAUAUCAUGUGCUGGAUGAGUCAACAAUGUACAUUAGUGAUCAAAGGCCCACAGCAAAGCAGCUUUGGAAACAACCUGUUGGGAUACUAGAAGUCGGCAUUUUGGGUGCAAAAGGGCUCCUCCCAAUGAAAAUGAAGGAUGGUCGAGGGUGUACGGAUGCCUAUUGUGUGGCCAAGUAUGGCCAGAAGUGGGUUCGGACCAGAACCAUCAUCCAAACUUUCAAUCCCAAAUGGAACGAGCAAUAUACGUGGGAAGUUUACGAUCCUUGCACGGUGAUUACACUGGGAGUUUUUGACAACACCCACUUGGGUGGCAGCAACGGUGGUGAAAGCAAUGCAGCACGAGAUUCACGGAUCGGAAAGGUACGAAUUCGGUUAUCAACUCUAGAAGCUCAUAGGAUAUACACACAUUCUUAUCCACUCCUGGUGUUGCACCCACAUGGAUUGAAGAAAAUGGGGGAGCUACAACUAGCAUUUAGAUUCACUACUCUCUCACUUGCUAACAUGAUAUACAUCUAUGGGCAACCUUUGCUGCCAAAGAUGCAUUACUUACAUCCAUUCACAGUUAAUCAACUAGACAAUCUGAGAUACCAAGCCAUGAAUAUUGUGGCAAGGCGGCUCGGUCGAGCAGAACCACCUUUGAGAAAAGAGGUGGUUGAAUAUAUGUUAGAUGUGGAUUCCCACAUGUGGAGCAUGAGAAGAAGCAAAGCUAAUUUCUUCCGCAUUAAGUCUCUUGUCUCCGGCAUGAUCUCUGUCGGUCGAUGGUUUGAUAAUGUUUGCAACUGGAAGAACCCCAUCACAUCCGUUCUAGUGCAUGUUCUGUUUCUGAUUCUGAUAUGGUACCCUGAGUUGAUUCUGCCGACGCUGUGCUUCUACCUGUUCCUUGUGGGACUAUGGAACUAUAGGUUUCGCCCAAGGCACCCACCCCACAUGGAUACAAAGCUUUCAUGGGCUGAGGCAGUGAAUCCAGAUGAGCUUGAUGAAGAAUUUGACACCUUUCCGACAUGUAAACCACAUGAUGUAGUUAGAAUGAGGUACGAUCGGCUUCGAAGUGUUGCAGGGAGGAUUCAAACGGUUGUCGGCGACAUAGCAACACAAGGGGAGAGAUUCGAGUCACUGUUGGGGUGGAGAGAUCCUAGAGCCACCAGCCUUUUCAUUCUGUUUUGCCUUUGUACGGCUGUUGUGUUGUAUGCAACGCCGUUCAGGGUAGUGGUUCUGGUGGGCGGUCUGUAUUGUCUGCGCCAUCCCAGGUUCCGAAGCAAGAUGCCAUCUGUUCCCAGCAAUUUCUUCAAACGGUUGCCUGCUCGAAGCGAUAGCUUACUGUGAUGAUAAAUGAUGUUAGUUUGCUCUACAA